UUUCAUUAUCAUUCUCCACUUUUUUUGUUCAAUAUUCAAAAAAUAAACAAACAGAAUUUAGAAGAAAAAACAAACAAUUAAAUAUUUCUAAAUUUAUAAAAAUAAAAAUAAUGGUCAGCGAAAUGGAAUCGGCUGUUGGCAAAAAUUCGACCACCACCGUCAAUCAAUCGGUCAAUAAUAAUAAUAAUAAUAACAAUAAUAAUAAUAAUGUAACAGCAGUCACAGCAACUUAUAAUGCUGAACAUGUUGCCAAUAAUAAUAAUAAUAAUAAUAUUAAUGAUAAUAAUAAUAAUGCCGAUAUUCAAGAACAAUAUUCGGCACAAUCAGUUGCAAUUGAAUUUGUUCGCCAAUAUUAUACGAUGAUGAAUCGAGCACCACAACAUCUUUUUCGAUUCUAUAGCGAUGAUUCAACAUUCAUUCAUGGUACGUUGGAUAAGCCUGGUGAAAAUCGUGGUGAAUUAUAUUAUCAUGGACAUAAACAGAUCAAUAACAAGUUAAUGUCAUUGAAUUUUUCGAACUGUCAUACCAAAGUUCGACAAGUAGAUAGUAUGAGAACUCUUGGUAAUGGUAUCGUUAUUCAGAUUGUGGGCGAUUUAUCGAACAAUCGUCAACCAUCACGUCGUUUUCAUCAGACAAUUGUUUUGGCACCAGAAUCGCCAAACAAAUACUAUGUACGAAAUGAUAUAUUUCGUUAUCAAGAUGAUAUCGCUGAUGAUAUGAGUGGUGAUCAUCAAAAUAAUAUACAAAUGUUGGAAAAUGGCGAUUCAUCAUCAUUGAUGUCUGAUAUCAAUGUUGUUGGUCGUGAAAUGAAUAAAACAUCGGAAAUUUCUAAAAAUGAGCCCGGCGUCAUCGAUUUGUCUCAGGAUGAAAAUGUUCAAACUGCUAAACAGCAACAAUUGGUUAACAAUUCCAAUGCUAAUAAUAAUGGUGAACUGAUCGAUAUUUGUAAAAUGAUGACGCCGGGCGAUCAACCUAAAUCCGCUUCUGUUCAGCCUACUGAUAAAGCUAUAAUGGGUUCACAAUCACGAUCGCCAACUACGCCACCACAACCUGAAAGUAAUGAACCAAUUCUCAAAUCAAAUUCAGAAAAGAAUGCUGCUGCUGCUAUAGGAACGGAAAAUUUUGAAAAUAAUGAUAAGGAUCUUGUAAAAUCCGAAUCCAAAACCGAACCGCAAGAACAAAAUGAAAAUUUGGAUGAAAUACCUAAAACUACUGUUUUUUCUUCGGCAUCAAUCGAACCAAAGACUUAUGCCGGUAUUUUGGGUCGUGGUUCAAAUCAACAACCAUCAAUGGCUGCUGCUGUUCCUGUUCCUGUAUCGGUUGCCCAAACUUCAGUGUCUAAAAAUCUAAACGAAGGUUUGGCUAAUGUUGGUAAUGUUUCUAGCAAUUUGCCACCGUCUUCAUCAUUGUCUACUGGUGAAAAUCCAAGUGGUAUCGUUGCCAAUGUAGCCGGCAUGGGAACUGUCACUAGUGGUUCAGUUGUUGUACCGAAACCACCAUUCGCUGUUAAUACUUCUUCGGCUCAACAUCAACAAUUUAAUGCGCCAUUAUUGAAUCAACAACGUGAACGUGAUCAUCGUUUCCCUAAGAAAUCUUAUAAUCGUCGAAACGAUUCAAGAGAAAGUGGAAAAAACAAUGAUUCCGAUUCAGCCGAUGGUGGUGAUCAUUUUGGUGGUUCUUCUAUGCUCAAUAGCAGCAGUAAUAUAACAAGCAACAUUAAUGUGAAAAAAUAUCCUGAUGAAAAUCAAUUGUUCAUUGGAAAUUUAUUGCCCGAUUCUAGCGAAGAAAUCGUACACACUAUUUUUGGUAAAUAUGGAAAAAUUGUCGACGUUCGAAUCAAUCGACAAAAGUUACCAAGUUCAGGUAAAGGUCGAAAUUAUGGUUUCAUAACAUUCGAAGAUCCUCAAGUUGUCGAUAAAAUUAUUGCCCAAAAGCCUAUUUUUCAUGAAAACCAUCGAUAUAAUGUUGAAAAGAAGCAAGGCAAAAGCGGGGCCAGCACUGGCAAUAGCAAUUAUGAUCGUAAUCGUGAAAGAAACACUUCUUCAAAUGUACGCAAUUCUAAUAUUCAAACAAACCCGAUGCAAAGUGGAAGUGGUACUGGACCAAGAGGUGGUCAUAUGUCAAUGAAUCCCGGAAAUGCUGGCGGUGGACAAAUGAAUCAAAUUGGUGGUCCGCGUAAUCGUAGCGGUCAAAAUUUCUCUCAUCCUAAUGCUAAUUCUGGGGGUGGGAAUCAAGUGAACAGAAGUGGAACUGGUGGACAAGGGCAAUUUUCGAAUCGGCAAAUGUUUAAUCAUCCACCACCUCAACAACAACAAAAUCGAUGAGCCAUUCGAGUGUUUUCGUUUCCGUAUCUGACUAUGAUGAUAAUUUUUUUAAAACAAAAAAAAAUCUUUCAAGUUUUGUUCAUUUACAUUCAGAAUAUACACAUUUACUUGAAGUAACAUUCGACCCGCCGCUCACAAGUCAAGAAUUUUUUUUUAAUUAAUCAGAAACAACUCAACUUUUUCGUUCUUAA